AUGUUCAUGAUGCAGCCUACUCUCGGAAUCAGGAUGGAAGUGGAAAGAUUUCAAAAUAGUCAGGAGGUAGGUGCCUACAUAGUCAUGUAUUCCAUCACCGACAUCCUCAGUUACCAUGUGGCUUGCAAUAUGGCCAGGCAGUUGUGUAAUGUAGAUGAAAGCAGUGACAAAGUUAAUAAAAAAAUUAUGAAAAGAAAUUAUGCGGUCAUAAUGGUUGGUAACAAAGAAGACCUUGUCAGGAACAGGAAAGUGUUGGAAUCAGACUCUCGCGAGACAUGUAAUGCCUUAGGCUGCAAGUUCAUCGAGGUGUCGGCAGGACUCAAUCACAAGCUGGAUGAACUUCUCGUUGGAAUUGUCUACCAGGUCAGAUUAAAUGCAAAACGAAAAUUACUCAUGUCGAAACAGAACAAGGUGACUUCCCAAAAACUAACGUCAUCAUUGCCAUCGUCACUUACCUCUUCGAAACCAUCUUCAAACUCCAGCUACUUUGGAUGGUUCAAAAAAGUUUUCGGACUGAAAAAUAAGAACAGCGAAUAUCAUUGUGAGGAUAUGAAGACAUUUUAA